AUGAGUGCCAGGGCGCCUAAGGAGCUGAGGCUGGCGCUGCCGCCGUGUCUCCUCAACCGGACCUUCGCUCCCCCCAACGCCAGCGGCAGCGGCAACGCGAGCGCCCGUGGCCCAGGCGCAGGCGGCGGUAGCGGCGGCACCUGCAUCACGCAGGUGGGACAGCAGCUUUUCCAGUCCUUCUCCUCCACGCUGGUGCUGAUUGUCCUGGUCACCCUCAUCUUCUGCCUCAUCGUGCUGUCCCUCUCCACUUUCCAUAUCCACAAGCGUAGGAUGAAGAAGAGGAAGAUGCAGAGGGCUCAGGAGGAAUAUGAGCGGGAUCACUGCGGUGGCAACCGCGGCGGGAGGGGGCUGCCCCAACCCGAGGGAGGCCAGGCUUCGACCCACGGAAAAGAAGCCCGGCUGGAGAGGCAGGCCCGGGACUCUGUCUUCUGCGCCCCAUCCAGCGCUUCUUCUUCGUCUUCUCCCCCUGGCCUCCCAUGCCAGGCUCCCUGUGCUCCGCCUCCACCGCCGGCCCCCAGUCCGCAAGGAGCACAUACAGCCUCCUCCUGUUUGGACCCAGUUGGCGAGGGCCUUUUGCAAGCGGUGGUACUAUCCUGA